CGGUCAGCUGGCUCCUCCAUCUGAACAGCAGGGAGAGCCUCUCCCAUAGGGAGACAUCACCAUCAACGCCCGAGCCUGGCCAGCAGCAUCGGCAGCCCGCUGGAAGGGGAUCAAAUAUGGAAGAAACGAUAUUAUAGUGGUGGAUCGGGCGUCGGCGGAGAUCAGGAGCGGUAGAUUAUUUAUUUACAUAUUUAUUAAUGUAUUUAUUUUCCCUGCCAGUAAUGGCUAGGGUCCAUUGCUGCGGCUGCUGAGGGGCAGGUGCAAUAUCAUCGACGAAGGCAUUUCGUUCCUCGGCAUGGACUCAACGAGGGCCGAUCCACAGGCUGGCCCACUCCACAUCCACUGCUCCCCGGAUCAGAUGCUCUGUGCGGGAGGAGAGAAAUAGCUGGGCCGCGUCUGGAGGCGAUACAACGGGCUGGUGGUGGAGGAGGAGGGGGCCCUCUUUACAUCAAAAUAUUAAAGCCAGUAUUUUCAGUACCGAGCUCAAGGUUACGCGCACACAACAGCCAGUCUUCGUCCAGUAAAUCUGUGCUGCUGCAAAAUGGCAUAAGUGUUUUUUUAUUUGAGGAAAGACUGUGAUUGAAUGCCCCCCUUCUCUUUGCGCUGAGUGGAUCCAAACCCUGUGACAGUCUCGCCUUAAAGGCCUGAAAAACUGUUGAGCGCAGCCUCCUCAUCUGGAAAACAGACGCCGGCUCCAGCUGCCAAGAUGAUGGAGCUGCAGAUAGACGAGGUGGUUUACCAGGACGACUACGGCUCCGGCUCCGUCAUGUCGGAGCGGGUGUCGGGCCUGGCCAACAGCAUUUACCGGGAGUUCGAGCGGCUGAUCCGCAGCUAUGACGAGGAGGUGGUGAAGGAGCUGAUGCCGCUCGUGGUGAACGUCCUGGAGAACCUGGACGCGGUGUUGACAGAGAACCAGGAGCACGAAGUGGAGCUGGAGCUGCUGAAGGAGGACAACGAGCAGCUCAUCACCCAGUACGAAAGGGAGAAAGCGCUGCGCAAGCAGGCGGAGGAGAAAUUCAUUGAAUUUGAAGAUGCGCUGGAAGCUGAGAAGAAGGACCUGCAGAUACAGGUGGAGUUUCUGGAGCUGCAGGGGAAACAACUGGAGCUCAAGACAAAGAACUAUUCUGACCAGAUCACUCGGUUGGAGGAGCGAGAAUCAGACAUGAAGAAAGAAUAUAACGCUCUGCACCAGCGCCACACUGAGAUGAUUCAGACAUACGUUGAACACAUAGAGCGGUCCAAAAUGCAGCAGGCAGGCAGCAACAGCCAAUCAGAAGGCACCGGCUGUGGACGAACUCAACGCCACACAUGGAGGAAAAGCAGCAAAGCAGAGCGCCCGCCAUCGUUGAGCCUGUACCCCAGCGGCGAGGUCAUGGUACGUGGGGGUCUCGGGGGGGCUAGGAUGAUGCCCGGGAAAGACAUCUGGCAGGAGGAUGGAUCAGAGUCUGACUCAGUGGCGGCCACACCCAGCAGCACAGGAAGCAAGUCCAACACACCCACCUCCUCCGUCCCCUCCGCCACCGUCACCCCUAUCAACGAGGGCUUCCUCCCACAAUCCGAGUUUGAAGUGAUGCAGCCUGUGAACCACAGGAAAAGUACCAAGCGGCUCAGCCGGAAUAUGGAGGUGCAAGUUUCCCAGGAAACCAGGAAUGUUAGCAUCGGCAUGGGAAGCAGCGAUGAGUGGUCUGAGUUUCAGGAGAUCAUUGAUUCUACUCCUGAGCUGGACAUGUGUGUAGACCCCCGUGUGUACGGAGGAGGAAACAGCCCCUCCCAGGGCAUCGUGAAUGAGGCCUUCGGCAUCAACACUGACUCUCUCUAUCACGAGAUCAAAGACGCUAAGUCGGACAUCAUUGGAGAUGUAGAUGCAGGCGCCGAGCUGCUAGGCGAGUUCUCAGUCCGUGAUGAUUUCUUCGGGAUGGGCAAGGAGGUGGAGAACCUGCUGACUGAGAACAAACAGCUCUUAGAGACCAAAAACGCUCUCAACAUUGUGAAAAAUGACCUUAUUGCCAAAGUGGACGAGCUGUCGGGGGAACAGGAGGUGCUCAGGGAGGAGCUGGAGGCUGUGAGGCAGUCCAAGAACAAGGUGGACGCCAAAGUCAAGGAGCUGGAAGAAGAACUCAAGAGGUUAAGAGCAGAGGCUCUCUUUGCGUCUCGAGACUCCAAGGAUGAAGGAGGUGAUGAUUUUUCAUCACCCAUGCAGGAUGGCGACAUGACGAUGACACAGCGGCGGCGCUUCACGCGGGUGGAGAUGGCGCGUGUGCUGAUGGAGAGGAAUCAGUACAAAGAGAGACUGAUGGAGCUGCAGGAGGCCGUACGGUGGACGGAAAUGAUCAGGGCGUCCCGGGAGAGUCCUCCAAUCCAAGAGAAAAAGAAGUCGACCAUCUGGCAGUUCUUUGCACGUCUCUUCAGCUCAUCGUCCAGCCCUCCGCCUGUCAAGCGGUCGUACCACAGCGUCAACAUCCACUACAAGUCUCCCUCGCCUGCUGGUUUCUCUCAGCGACGCAGCCACACCAUGUGUCAGAUCUCCACCUCCAACCGCACAUUGGAGUUCUUCCCUGAAGAACUGGCCAGUAACGGUGUUGCGUCUCUCCUCAGUGACUCGGCACUUCUGGCCCGCCGAGAGCAACGGCGGGAACAGUACCGGCAGGUCCGCGAGCACAUGCGCCGCGAUGAUGGCAUCAUGCAGGCCUGCGGCUGGAGUGUGCCAUCUCGCUUCAAACAGACUGGUGGUCAGACGGACAGCGCUCAGGACAGCCCGCUGAAGAGACAACAGACCACCAAUGAAAAAGAGGAUAACCGCAUGAAGAAUGUUCCCGUCCCUGUGUACUGUCGCCCUCUGGUAGAGAAGGACCCCAACAGGAAGCUGUGGUGUGCAGCAGGAGUGGACCUGACAGGAUGGAGGGCCAGCAGCCAGGAGUCGCUACCAGCCAAAGCGCUGUCCGGCAGCAGCGACCCCCUGCAUGCUGAGGAAGACGGAGUUGAGAAGAAGAACAGCCACACCUCCCCAGAGAAGAGGAAGUCAAAGGAGCUCCAAGAGACAGACACCAUGAGCAGUCGAGUGUGGAUACUCACCAGCACCCACUCUGCCAGCAAGGUGGUCAUCAUCGACGCCAACCAGCCGGGCUCACUGGUCGACCAGUUCAACGUCUGCAAUGCCCACGUGCUCUGCAUCUCCAGUGUGCCAGCUGCCAGUGAGAGCGACUACCCAGCAGGAGAGAUCGUGUUGGAUCCAGGGGAUGGAGGUGCAGGGGGAGGCGAGGACACUGGUGGUGUGGAGGGCAUGUUAGCUGGUAUCACUCUCGUAGGCUGCGCCACCAACUGCAGCGUUGCUCGUAGCAACUGCUCCUCACGCACCGACACCCCCAUAAUGGACAAAGGUCAAGCCCCCACUGCUCCCCCCAUGCAUGCGAAGAUUCACCCUGCACAGUCGGCUGAGGAAGCCACAGAGGCCACCGAGGUUCCUGAGUCAACAGCCAGCCACAUAGAAAUGGGAUCUGGACCUCCAGGACCGUUUACUGAGCACGUCUUCACCGAUCCCCAGCCUCGUCACGCAGACGCCUCUGACAGAAAUGCAGGUCAGUCCAAAGAGGAAACGUCUCAGCCUCCAGAUUCAGAGGACGGAAGUGAAGAGGCCAAAAAUUACACGAGCGUGGCCCCCACCAUGUGGCUCGGGGCCCAGAACGGCUGGCUCUAUGUCCACUCGGCUGUGGGAAAUUGGAAGAAGUGUCUCCACUCCAUCAAACUCAAAGACUCGGUGCUCAGUCUGGUGCAUGUGAAAGGUCGUGUGCUGGUUGCCCUCGCUGACGGGACCCUCGCCAUUUUCCAUAGAUCAGAGGAUGGCCAGUGGGAUUUGUCAAACUACCACCUAAUGGACCUCGGUCGGCCUCAUCACUCCAUUCGCUGCAUGGCUGUCGUCCACGACAAGGUGUGGUGCGGCUACAAGAACAAGAUCCACGUCAUCCAGCCCAAGAGCAUGCAGAUAGAGAAGUCCUUCGACGCCCACCCUCGCAGGGAAAGCCAGGUGCGGCAGCUGGCGUGGAUCGGUGAUGGAGUGUGGGUGUCGAUCCGGCUCGACUCGACCCUACGUCUCUACCAUGCUCAUACACAUCAGCACCUCCAGGAUGUGGACAUUGAGCCAUACGUCAGCAAGAUGCUGGGAACUGGCAAACUGGGAUUCUCUUUUGUGCGAAUCACAGCACUUUUGAUUGGUGGAAAUCGUCUUUGGGUUGGAACUGGAAACGGUGUGAUCAUCUCCAUCCCACUGACAGAAACGGUGGUCCUUCACCGGGGACAGCUCCUGGGUUUGAGGGCCAAUAAGGUGUCUCCGACAUCCUCCGGCGGAGUAAUCCACGUGUACGGUGACGACGGCUCUGAGAAGAGCAGCGGCAGCUUCAUCCCCUACUGCUCCAUGGCACAGGCCCAGCUCUGUUUUCAUGGACACCGAGAUGCUGUCAAGUUCUUCGUCUCUGUACCCGGUACUCACAACGUCUGCAAUGUUCUGGCCACCCUAAACGGCAGCGUGCUGGACAGUCCAUCAGAGGGGCAGGGCUCCACAGCGCCCCCAGAGACGGAGGCCCAGAGUGUUCACAACGUGCUGGUGCUGAGUGGAGGAGAGGGCUACAUUGACUUCCGUAUAGGGGACGGAGAAGACGAUGAGACAGAGGAAGGAGAGAGCGGUGGGGCUUCGCAAAUGAAACCUGCAUUGUGCAAAGCUGAGCGGAGCCACAUCAUCGUCUGGCAGGUGUCUUACGUGCCUGAGUGACACCUGGAUCUGCUUUAAUGCCCCACCCACCUCCUUAAAGAAACCUCUUCCUCCUGCACCCAAAAGCUUCCAGCCACCUAAACCUUGUAAUUAUCCCUGGUCAAGUAAAAGUUCCCCCUUGGCUCUAAAAUGACCCUCCAAGCCGUGUAUCGUCCCUUAUAACUAUUAUAUCCCCUCCUGCCCCGUCACCUUGUAACUUUAAUGCCUUGUAAGUACCUCCUCUGAUCUAGUAAUCUGCCUGCCAUCCUGUCUGUCCCACCCAGGGCAUUGUAACUAUCUUCAUGAGCCUUGUAACCCAGCCUCAUAACUACCUCCCUCCUCUGUAUCGAUCUUAUAUUCACCCUGUAAGCACACUGUAUCUUCUCCUAUAUUUACCUCAACUGUCCUGCAUCUGCCCCACAGUUACUCCUCCUCUUCCUCCAUUUAGUUCGUCAUCUGUGAAGCCUCCACCUUGUCUUAAAGCAAAGCCCAGAGCCCCAACAUGCAACACUUGUACCAAAAAAAAAAGUGAAUGACAACACUGACUUGCAUUUGCACCAGAUAUUUAUCAGAUUUUUCUAACAGCCAAUCAGCAAUCCAUAACUAUUUAUGGCAUGACAUGGACCCUGAUUGUUCACAGAUAUUAAGAUAUUGGGAGUUUGUGGAUGCAGAUGUCAGGUGCUAUGACACCACGCAGAAAUGCUGUUUUGGCUUUCAGCUUGUAGCAGAUGGUUAACGUUGUUGUGGAAAUUUUGAGGGUAAGUGAAAAUAAGUCAACAUGGAACAAGUGGAAAGUUUAAAUUACUACAUGUCAAAUUCAGCUUGAAAGUCUGGGUUCUUUGGGUUGGUACCCCAAAUAUUUUGCACCCCCCCAUCUUGCCUCUAUUUUAAAAUGUCCUGGUUAAGGACAUUUUGCAUCAGUGUGGUUACUGACCUCAAAGUGAGAGGAAAUAUCUGGUGUACGUGCAGCAGCCUGAUGUGAAUCAAAGGUCAGAGGACUCAGUUCGGUGAGGUCAGAACAUGUCAACAUGUGUAAAUCAUGUGAGCGAGGUUGAGGGUUCGAGUUUAACUUGUCAGUAGUUUGGUCCGAAACUCAUUUCUCUCAUCUGACUGGCUGUCGAUCGGACGGUUUGGUGUAAAGCAGGUGAACGGUGGCGUGUUGUCAGUAUGUGUACAGGCAUUAUUGUAAAUCUCCAGACACACUGAAGCCCAUCCUCUUUGUUCAGUAUGGAAAUUCAUGCAUUGAUCUCUAUCUGUGUGGAUUAAAUAUUAAACAUAUUUGUGUGCUGAAACUUAA